CUCCUCCUCCUCCUUCUCCCUCUCUCCCGCUGGCCUUUGCGCCACAGACGGCGAAAAAAACAUAUCGGAGAGGGGAAGCCAAGUGCGACACAGUGAUAGCUGGAAGUUGAGGUCUCAGAGGAAAGAGAAGCUCCACUGGAUCGGCUGUUCCUCCUCUCUCCGUCCUUACAGCGUGUCGACUGCUGCUCCCGCUCCUCCUGCUGCUGCUGCUGCGGUGCUGGUGGUGGUGGCAGUGGAGGUGGUGUUGGUGGAGGUGUGGGGCUGGAGAUAUAGCCCAGAACAAAGGAGUCUUGAAGCAAGAAAUGAGCGAGCCGAGACUAGCCUUGCCAGAACAUUUGGAACUGGGCCAAAUGCCUCUCUGAGACCGACGAUACUACCUCGGCUGCUCGCAUUUCUCGACGAAGCUUCCCGCAUUUAAAAAAGGGGGAAAAAGAAACAAGAAGAAAAAAAGAAGAGGAACAUAACCCACUGAGACUCACAAGUCGGCGGCCACUAUGUUUCCUCAAAACCGACCACCGGUGAGUAAGCUACGCUUCAUUGAAACAGCACCUUUGCAGCCACCUCCUGGGUCUUCAGCCUCAGUGGUGGCGGCAGCGGCGGCAGCUGCAGCAGCAGCAGCGUCAGGGACGCCCCAGUCGCUAAAACUAACCUACCCAGAAACCUUGGACCGCAUUAAAGAAGAGUUCCAGUUCCUGCAGACCCAGUACCACAGUUUGAAACUGGAGUGUGAGAAGCUGGCUACGGAGAAGACAGAGAUCCAGAGACACUACGUUAUGUAUUAUGAGAUGUCCUAUGGCCUUAACAUUGAAAUGCACAAACAGACGGAGAUUGCCAAGCGGUUGAAUGUGAUCUGUGCUCAGCUUAUCCCAUUCCUGUCACAGGAGCACCAACAACAGGUGGUUCAAGCUAUGGAGCGCGCCAAACAGGUGACCAUGGGGGAGCUAAAUGCUUCGAUAGGGCAGCAGCUCCAGGCACAGCACCUCUCCCAGCAUGCCCAAGGUUUGCCAGUGGGUCCACACCCAUCAGGACUUUCCCACCCGGGCUUGGCACUUGGUGGAGGAUCCAGCCUUUUGGCUCUGUCUGGGGCUCUGGGAGCUCAGUUGGCUGCCAAGGAUGAGAGAGCACACCUUGAGGCAGCAGCGGCUGCUGCUGCUGCUGCAGAGCAUCACAGAGAUCGUGAAGCUGGACCAAGCUCUCUGUCCAACGGUGACAAGGGUCGAUCCGCAGACUACCUCAGCAACGGCAAGAAGAGGAAAGCCGAGGAGAAGGAGUUCAUGACAGACUAUGGCAGUGAUGCGGAUAAGAGUGAUGAUAAUUUGGUGGUGGAUGAGGACCCAUCGUCCCCCCGCAGUGUACAGUCCUACUCAUCCAGAGAAAAUGGUCUGGACAAGAUGCCAACCUCGCGUAAAGAGGGACCACCACAGGCCAGUCCCACCUCCCUGGCCUCCUCCAGCAGCGCUGCCUCCCCCUCCCGUGGCAAAGAACCCCCGCAGCGGGAGAAGUCCAGUACUCCAGGUAUGAAACCAGGGACACCCAUGUCUCAGGAGUCCAACACCCCAGGACCAAGUGGACCCCCUCAGUUCAGGCCUGUCCCAGGAAAACCAGGUGUUGAUCCUCUAGCGUUGGGUCUCAGAAACCCUCUGGCAGUGCAGGGAGCGUACCCUCCCGGGGCAUUUGGCCUGCCUCCUCCGGGGGUGAACGGGGACCUGCCUGGGGCGGCGGGCUACGGUGCUGGCCUCCACUUGGUUUCCCAACAGAUGAGGGCGGCGGCGGCGGCAGCUGCCGCCGGCUAUGGACGGUCCCCUGUGGUGGGCUAUGAGUCUCCACACCCACACAUGAGGGUCCCUGGGCUGCCUGCCAACCUGCAGUCAGCCGCCUCUGGAAAACCAGCCUACUCGUUCCACGUCAGUGCUGACGGGCAGAUGCAGCCGGUGCCAUUUCCCCCUGACGCCCUGCUGGGCCCAGGAAUCCCUCGCCACGCCCGACAGAUUCACACCCUGAACCACGGAGAGGUGGUGUGUGCCGUCACCAUCAGCACCUCCACACGUCACGUCUACACUGGAGGAAAAGGUUGCGUCAAAGUGUGGGACAUCAGCCAGCCGGGCACCAAGAGUCCAAUGGCCCAGCUGGACUGUCUGAACAGGGAUAACUACAUCCGCUCCUGCAAGCUGCUCUCUGACGGAAGAACCCUGAUCGUGGGCGGGGAGGCCAGCACUCUGUCCAUCUGGGAUUUAGCCACGCCCACUCCACGCAUCAAGGCAGAGCUGACAUCAUCUGCUCCGGCCUGCUACGCUCUGGCCAUCUCUCCUGACAACAAGGUCUGCUUCUCCUGCUGCAGUGAUGGAAACAUCGUGGUCUGGGACCUUCACAACCAGACCCUGGUCAGGUGAGAGGACAGCUUCAACACGGGAAAUGUUAGAAACAGACAAUUGUGUGUGUGUGUAUUGUCUCUGAAUCUCCUGUGUCUCUCCCCCUCCCUGAGAGAGGGACGACAGCGUCAGCAGCACGACUUCGCCUCACAGAUCUUCUCUCUGGGCUACUGUCCAACAGGAGAGUGGUUGGCUGUGGGAAUGGAGAGCAGCAACGUGGAAGUCCUGCACGUCUCCAAACCUGACAAAUACCAGCUGCACCUCCACGAGAGCUGCGUUCUCUCCCUCAAGUUUGCCUACUGUGGUAAAUGGUUCGUGAGCACAGGCAAAGAUAACCUGCUGAAUGCAUGGCGGACGCCGUACGGAUCCAGCAUAUUCCAGUCUAAGGAGUCUUCAUCAGUCCUCAGCUGUGACAUCUCUCCUGAUGACCAGUUCAUCGUCACCGGCUCCGGGGACAAGAAGGCUACGGUCUAUGAAGUCAUCUACUGAACUCUGAUUGGCUAAAAGAGUCAACCUCAUAAUCAGGGGGGGCGGAGCCAUGGCUCCCGCCUGCACCAAUGACUGUACAGAGCAUCAGUGGACAAGAAAGCAAGAGACACUCUACUGUGUGCUUUAUUGUUUUGUUUACGUUAGAGGACGAGUUGAGAAGGAGAAGCACGGGGACACAGUCACAUCUCUGGAAAGAAUAAACUGUAAAAUGUUUUUAAUGCUCUGAGAACGCUGGUUAGUCUAUUCCUCCAAAGAACUUCUUCUUUUCCUUUCUUUAUGUUUCCCUUUUUUUAACAAAAUAAAACCUCUGUAGUUACAAGAAAUUAGCAAAACCUAUUUUUUUAGCAUUUCGAAUUUUUCUCAAACUGUUCGGGUGACAUUGAGGAAAAAUACUGGUAGGAGGUCGUUCAAGGAAGGCUGAGAACUUUUCAUGGAAAUAUAAUACUGAUACUCUGUGCUGUGAAGAAAUAAAAAAAAAUAAAAAAUUCUGUUUCAGCUUGGCCGGUUCUGGCCUGAUUCGUGGCACGUAGCUGCUCCUCAGCACCGUAGAAGUCUGACAGAUGGCAGGAUUCUUGGCUUUUUUUUUUUUUUUUUCCUAAUUGAAUUUCAGCAGCGACAUGAUUGUAUCAUCAAUACUGUAUACAUCACACAACAGGACUACGGUUCCUGUCAAUUGUCAUGAGCUCAAUUUG